AUGUCAACAUCGACCACUUCAAUAUUCACAUUUGUUGCACAACAAGUGAGCAUUUAUUUUGGCAUACCUAUGCUCAUUGCUGGUGUAAUUGGUGGAAUUCUCAAUAUUAUUAUAUUUCUUAGUCUUCAAACAUUUCGACAAAGUUCAUGUGCAUUUUAUUUAAGUUUCAUGUCAAUUUUUAAUACUGGCCUUUUAGUUGCUGGUCUUUUCUCGCGUAUUCUGAUUAGUGGAUUUGCUAUUGAUUGGGGACAGAGUUCACUCUUCUAUUGUAAAUUCAGAUUAUUCCUUCUUAAUACAUUUACACUCAUGUCAUUAAUAUGCAUUUGUUUGGCAACAAUUGAUCAAUAUUUUGCGACAUGUACUUAUCCUCGUUGGCAACAAUGGUGCAAUUUCAAACUUGCCUAUCGUUUAAUCAUAGCAUUUGUUCUCAUUGCAAUACUACAUAAUAUUCAAUAUUGUCUAUUUUAUAAUCAUAUUCAAUCACCUGUCACCGGCAGAAUAUCUUGUAUAAUUACAAAUGACAUCUUUUCAAAAUACGUUAGUUAUUGGUUUAAUCUCAUUUUCAUAGGCUUUCUACCAAUCAUUAUUACAGUAUUUUUUGGUUCAUUGGCAUAUUAUAAUGUUCGACAAUUAGCUUAUCGAACAUUGCCACUUGUUCGUCGAGAAUUAGAUAAACAAUUAACAGUAAUGGUUCUUGUGCAAGUUGCCAUGAAUUUCUUUACUCUUACACCAUUUAACAUCUUGAGCGCUCUUUCGUUGAACAAAAGUCUCAUGAGUGAUCAAGUUGUUGCAGUAAAAAUACAAUCGUUGCUUACUAUUGGUAUCUUUGUUUACUAUAUGACUUUUGCAGUAAGUAUAAAUUGA